UCAUUAGUAACUGUAGCACAUAGCCUGGAGUUGCUCACCUUUAAUCCUACAAAGCAACGUUAGUUUGUUUGUUUGUUGCAGUCAGCAAGUUCACCCGGAAGCAUUUCACGGAUGCACAAGAUGCAGUGAUGUUUACGUUUAAAUUGAACUCUUCUUGUGUGACUCUGUGAUUAAAACCGCUAGCUAGAAAAGAUGGCGUCUACAUCCGACUCGGACAAACCGUCAGUUUCUAAUGUGGAAGAAAAAAGAAGUCGCCUCUGCGAUGAGUUUGCUGCGAUAACGGGAAGCGACAGCGCUGUGGCUCAGUGCUACCUGGCCGAAAAUGAGUGGGAGAUGGAGAGAGCGUUGAACUCAUUCUUUGAGGCUGAUAUGGAGAGAGUAUUUGAAGAUUUUCCAGACACACAGGCCAGCCCCAAAACAAAGAGGCAGAAGGUUGAGGAAAAACGUCCAGGAGACUGUAUCGAUCUGACCGCAGACAGUCCAGCCUCCACACGCAAACCCCCAGAGGAAGAUGACAACAAACUGUCACUCAUCUCCUGGAACGUGGAUGGACUUGAUACAGACAACCUUGCAGAGCGCGCCAGAGGCCUGUGCUCCUACUUAGUGUUAUACACUCCUGACGUGGUGUUCCUACAGGAGCUCAUUCCACCUUACGUCCAGUACUUGAAGAAACGGGCUGUCAGCUACCUAAUCAUUGAAGGUGGUGAAGACGGUUACUUCGCUGGGAUGAUGCUGAAGAAGUCACGAGUUAAAUUCGUGGAGAGCCAGAUAGUAACUUACCCCACCACUCAAAUGAUGAGGAAUCUGCUUGUAGCUCAGGUGAAUUUCAAAGGCCAGAAGCUGUGCCUCAUGACGUCCCACCUUGAAAGCUGUAAAGGCCACGCAGAGGAACGGAUGAAACAGCUGCGAGUGGCGAUGCAGAGGAUGAGAGAGGCACCAGACGAUGUCACCGUCCUGUUUGGGGGGGACACAAACCUGAGGGACACUGAGGUGGCCAAGGUGGGGCUGCCCCCCAGUGUCUGCGACGUGUGGGAGCGACUGGGAAAGCAGGAGCACUGCCGCUACACAUGGGACACCAAAACCAACAGCAACAAGACUGUUCCUUACAUCAGUCGCUGCCGCUUCGACCGAAUCUACUUCCGCCCGGCUACCAAGGACGGCGUCCCACGCCUGGCCCCUGACCACAUGGCCCUGGUGGGACUGGAGAAGCUGGACUGUGGACGUUACACUAGUGAUCACUGGGGAGUCUACUGUAGCUUCUCAGCUGGUUAGAAAAUGUGCAAAAUAACCUGAAACACACGAGUUAAAGCUUUUGUUUUAGAUGAGCUGUCUGGUGUCGUGUGUUCAGACCUUGUCACUGUCAUAGUACUGGGUUCAGACCACAGUAACACUUUCUCUGUGAAAGAAAAUGCUCUGACCUCAUCUGAGGUUGGUUACCUGUACAUUUUAUGUCAUGAUUUGAUUUGUUUUUAUCUUAUGUGUGUCUUGUUGGAGUCUCUGCUCAGGCUUUUUCUCCUGCAAUUAAAAAAGCAAAAUAAAUGUGAAAAUACAUUUUCCA